AUGGAGGACGAGCAGGCGAAGAUAAUCAUCGACUCCAUCGCUUUGGCCGCGUCGGAGUCAGUACAGUCGUACUCGGCAAAAGGUUGCUUGCUCACAUCAGACCCGGAAUUGUUGUGUUUCAUUUAUCCUUCUUCUAUGGACGUCUUAGUGGGUCACCUGGAUGAUUCUAUUUGUAUGGUUAGUGCUGUUCAGCUCAGUGGCACCAUGGGGGUCUCUGGAAAAUGGCUUAAAGCAUUGGUUGGAAUGAAGAAGUCAGAUAAGCCACAGUCCUCAGAGAAAGUGGAAAAUAGAACACUUUCUAGCAAGUCUCGCCAUAGAAGAAAGAAUUCAGUGGAGAUUGGUGCGGACCUAUUUCAACAGGAGCUAAAUCACAAUGUUGCAGCAGUGAUUGGUGACUCUGUUCCAGAAGCUUCAGGAUCUCCUGCUACCUCAAGUCAGCUACAGGAUGUGAACCAUAAUCAACAGAGAUUACAUGACGAAUGGGCUGCCACUCGCAUUCAAACAGCUUUCCGAGGAUUUCUGGCUAGAAGAGCACUGCGUGCUUUAAAAGGGCUAGUGAGACUACAAGCCCUUGUUAGAGGCCAUGCUGUAAGAAAGCAAGCUGCCAUAACUCUUCGCUGCAUGCAAGCUUUGGUAAGGGUUCAGGCUCGUGUAAGGGCAAGGCGUGUUCGUUUGGCAUUAGAGAAUCAAACAUCUCAACAAAAACUUCAGCAACAAAUAGCAGAUGAGGCACGAGUUCGAGAAAUAGAAUUCAUAUCAGUUCAUGAAGUGCUGAUAACUUCUACUUACGUAUUGUUGCUCAUUCUUGGUAGACAUCACGCCGAUGACUCUAGAUUUCUCUUUCUUGUAAGUACUUCAUAUGAUUUUGGUUUUACACAGGAUGGGUGGUGUGACAGUAUAGGUUCUGUUGAACAAAUUCAAGCAAAGCUACUGAAGAGACAAGAGGCUGCAGCUAAGCGUGAGAGAGCUAUUGCAUAUGCUAUUUCUCACCAGUGGCAGGCGGGUUCCAGACAGCAGGCUAUCCCCUCCGGGUUUGUUCCAGACAAGAGCAGUUGGGGUUGGAACUGGCUGGAGAGAUGGAUGGCCGUCCGUCCGUGGGAGAACAGGUUUCUCGACAUUAAUCUCAAGGACGGAGUGAUGAUCCACGAGAACGAAGAGGAUGAGAAAAAUGGAUCCAAACCUCAGCAGAAACCUACAGGCAAGAAGCCAGCUGCACAGGCAAACAUUUCAACUCAGAAAACUGGUCCUUCUCAUUCCAAUGGCAGCAGCUCUCCACCUACAAGCAAACCAGCAGGCUUACUCGAGGCUCCAUCCAACUCACAUUUCACUAAGCCGAAGCCAAAGCCAAAGCAAGUUGCCGGGCUAAUAACCGAAGAAGCCAGCUCUCGACCCGGUGACAUCGCCCAGAGAUCUCACAGCAACCCGAAAGAGAGAGCCGCUCAACCUGAUAAACCCAUGAAGAAGAGGCUGUCUCUUCCUAAUAAAGGUGGAGAAUCUGGAAAUGCCGAGGCAGCCAGGCAAGGCAGGCUGGCGAAAGGCUCAUCGCCUGCAACGUCUAGGAAGCCAAUGAAGAUGAGCGCGAAAGCGGACUCAAACACCACCAAGGCAACCGUUGCUGUUGCACCAUCAGCGGUUGAAGUUUAGAAGGCUGAAGUUAGCUUGGAUGGUGGUGUUCCAACUUUCAAGUCAGUUGUGUCACGCAUAAGUUCUGUACAUAAUAUAUAAUGUAAUUGAUAUAGGGCGUCUUGGAGAAGAUGCCGUCAGAGUCAUUCCCACUCAGGGCGAGUUUCAGGUUUUAUUGGCGUGGCGAGAUGGAGAAUAAUAAUGAAAAAAUGAUGACGAAAUUCUUCGGCAGGUUUGAGAUUUUUAUUUUCUUUCUUCUUUCUUCUUUUGGGUUGGUGAUAACAUGUUUUUCGUAUUCCUCAUUUAUUUCCUCUCCUUUCCCCUCCCUCCCUCCCUCCAUCAUUGUUUUCUUUUUCGGUAAUUAUCCAUCAUCGUUUGUUGUUAAUUAUCAUUAUCUAUCUAUAUAUGUAAUGCUUUUGUUUCUGUGCCGAAUGUGAUUAUUUCAGGUGUUUAGUUUAGUUUAGUUAGAUCAACGCGUUCCUUCUUUUUAGUUUUUAUUAUGACCCCGUCCUGGAACUCCAUUAUUGGCAACUUUGGUUUGAGUGAGUGUUGCAGGCUGGGGAAGGGAAUCUUCAGCCGAGCGCGUCGAUGCAGUAAAGAUAAUAGAGAUGAGGUAGAUGAAUGAACGCGAUAGAUCUCUGGUCUGGACCAUGAUGGCGGAAGUUGCAGAGUCGCAGUCUGGCAGUACACAGCUGUCCUGGCUGGAGCCAGGUGCGUUGUCACUGAGCCAGUGAGCGAGAGAGCGACUCCAACAACCAAAUGUCUUUCUUGGCAUGGUCCAUGAAAUCGU